GAAGAUGUCGUCGUAUUGGAACUUUAAUAGUAAAUCUAACAGCUCUCAAACAACAUGCAAACAGUCAACAGCUGAAAGAAUGACACCUGCAUGUAAGCAUGGAUCUGAUGAACAAGGAAUGGUCUCUUUCUUGAAGUUGAUGCACAGUGGGCCAUUUCCUUUGCAUGACCCCAGAGAUUUGGAGUGGAGUCUUCAGGCUAGGUUAAGAGUUGAGAGGGAGCCUGUGUGAAGUUUCUGUGGAUGUGUAAACAGAAAAACAAGGUGUUUAACUCUGUGAGAGCCGUGGUCUUACUUUCAAAAGGCUGCGUGUGAAUUGGAAGGAAAAGCCUUGCCGGAGAUCAGUGCUGGCACCACAGGCAAUGCCCUCUAGUUAAAGGGACCAUUAGCCAAGAGAGGGCUGUUACAUUUUUACAACACUCCUGGAGGGAGAAGUUUUUUUUUUUUGCAAAAUACAGCAUCGACAUUAACUGGUGUUUUUCACAAACUGACACAGUUGGCGUCCAACUCGCCUGCGUACGGAAUACUUUUAUUUUGACGGUUAUAACUGGGAACUUCAAGAGUUGGAAUUACUACAUGGUUGUCUGCUUUAUCUCUGAAGAGCUUGUCGUCCUACAGCUGUAGAAAAGAAGAAGUCAUAAUAGUGUUAGAAGUGUCAGGUUGACACCUUGUUGGAUAUUUUACCAUUCGCACUCCAGAUUUAUUGGAUCAUAGUGCCCCAGAAGUUUAACUGCACUAACAAUGCAGUACCACUGAGGAAUGGCGUGAGAUGAUGCAGCCUGAACUGGAGCGUGAUUUGUCACGAGCCAGUGGCUCAGAGAGAACUGGGCUGUCGCUAAUGGCCAGAUGUGCGUCCAUGGGGCUAUGACAAGAACUCGGGGUCCAGCAACUAGAAAAACUUGGCCCUAAGCCCUUGUCUUCUGACAGACCAAGUAGAGUGGGCACAGAUCUCCCUUGCUCUGAUUGCCACAGAGGUGGAAGUCUUCAUCCCCAUGUGGAUAAUCAGCAUUACUAGACACAAAAUGAAGUUACCCUCGCUUGUGUCUGGAAUGGAAAUGUGUGUUAACCUUAUACUAUGUGUGUUUUUAACACUUCUGGCGCACCAUGGACGGACAGCUAACGCCUUAUGGCAUAGGGGGAGUUUUCCCCUGAAUGGCCCUGGACAAGACCUGUUCAAUCAUCUUGCUGUGGACAAUAAAACUGGAGCAGUUUAUGUAGGUGCAGUUAAUAAAAUUUUCCGAUUGGAUGAAAAUUUAAGACUGAUGGGAACAGCAGAGACUGGACCAAGAGAAGACAACCCUUUGUGUACACCUCCGAGUCGUGACUCUCCUUGCCAGAAGCAAGUCACACCCAUGGAUAAUUACAAUAAAAUUUUACUAGUUAACGAAGGGCAAAAUCAGCUCAUCACGUGUGGUAGCAUUUAUCAGGGGGCCUGUGAAGUCCGAGACCUAUUUAACAUCUCCAAUAUGACUGAAUAUUACAAUUAUCCGGAUACCUUUCAUCAUUUUGUUGCCGCCAACAGUCCUACGGCGUCUACAGUAGCAUUUAUAGCACCAGGCCCACCAAGGAAUCUUUUGCCUCACAAUGUGAUGUAUGUUGCUACCACUUACACAGGUGUGGAUGUAAGCAAGCUGUACAGAGACCAUGUCCCUGCUAUUAGCAGUCGAGAUAUAUCCGAAAACAUUUUUCAGUUUGCUUAUGCCAGUGAGGACCCGUUUGCCGAUGAUUACUCUCACAUCAAGCUAGCAGCAGACAUUAGGGAGUCUUAUCUAAUAGACUAUGUCACAGGAUUCUCCUCAAACGGGUUCAGUUAUUUCCUUACGGUGCAAGCAGACAAAGUGGAACUUCCAACAAAAAAUAUCUCAAAAUUGGUGCAAAUUUGUCAAAAGGACAAAAUUUUUGAGUCCUACGUUGAUAUCCCAUUAAAGUGCUCUAAGGCAGGUGUUGACUUCAACGUCAUCCAAGCCGCAUCUGUGAUAAGACCUGGGAAGUACCUGGCAGACAGCUUUGGCUUAACAAAUCAAACUGAUGAUGUACUGGUUGCUGCUUUUUCCAAAUAUGACUCUGACACAAGGGUGUGGGAUUCCGCUGUGUGUGUGUACAGCAUGAAGGAGGUUCAAGACGUCAUAGUGACCAAUGUGAAGAAGUGCUAUGCUGGAGACCAAUCGGUCAGUGGAGGAGGUUACAUCUCUGUAGGACUGACCGUUUGCAAUCGGAUACAAAAAAACUCGUUUGUCAAAGAGCCGACUCGUGAGAAAUACUUGUGCAAUACAGGGGAUACUUCUCAUGCCAACAUUGUGGGGGACGUCCCUCUUAGGGCAGAAGCUGUUCUGGUCUACAAUAACACACAAAUCACUGCUGUGGCCACCACUACAACAACAGAUCAUACUGUGGCAUUUCUUGGUACUUCAAAAGGAUUCUUGAAAAAGGUCAAAUUGGAGUCCAGAAUAUUAGCCAAGCAAUAUGGGAGUAUUGAAGUGGAUGCUCAGAGCAAAGUUAACAAAGACCUUAAGUUUGACAGAACUGGAGAGUUUCUUUAUGUUUUGACUGCUAAGAAGGUUACAAAAGUAAAAGUGUCCGACUGCCGAUCAGCAGCCACAUGUGGGGAGUGCCUUUUACCUGGUGAUCCCUUCUGUGGUUGGUGCUUCCUGGAGAACCGUUGCACACAAAUUGAAUCAUGUCGCCGGGGAAGUAGACCGUUACAGUGGCUGUCUGGAGAGGCUAACAACUCCUGUAUUUAUAUCCUGGAUGUCUCACCGAGCAGUGUGUCAGUUGAUGAAGUCAAAGAUCUCUACCUAACAAUCAAUCAUCUUCCAGCAAAGGGUUCUUACAGUUGUGUGUUUGUAGACUUUGGCUUCAGCUCACCUGCCCAACGUAUGAGUUAUGGUCUUCAAUGUCCUACACCUGACCUGAGGAAAAUGGCUAUACCAUUUCCUUUAAAAGAUCAUCUGGUUGUAACACUGGCCCUAAACUCAAGUGAAUCUGGAAUAUUAUUUUUGAGGGAAAACUUUACUUUUUACAACUGUAGUAAUCACAAAAGUUGUUCCAGCUGUACAAGUAGCCCCUGGUCAUGUGACUGGUGUAUCUAUGACGACAAAUGUAUGCACGAAUCCAACACCUGCCAGCCGGGCAUUGUCAUUGGGAAAAAUAGUCAAACCUCAUUGAGAACACGCCAUGUGAGAAAGGGGAGAUCAGCGUGCCCACGGCUAGAUGAGCAGUCCAACACAGACAUUUUCCUUCCUAACUCAUGGGCUAGGCAGAUCACCUUGGUUGGCCAUCAUCUUCCAAUACCCCUUCCUGGCCAGCAAGACUAUAGGUGUGUUUUAGAAGUUGGAUCUCGGACUGUGAUUGUGAAUGCCAGCCGUCCAGAUGAUAACACAGUCAGGUGUCAACCACAUUCGUAUAACUACAUAGGGAAUGUUGGAGCUUUGAGAGCCAAACUGUUUGUGGUUUGGGGAGAAGGAUUUAAGAUUGAUGAUAGCACAGGCCUGAAUGUGACUCUCUACAAGUGUGAUGUUCUUGGGUCUGGUGAAUGUGGCUUGUGUCUGAAUCUGAACUACAAAUAUCCCCAGUUUGGAUGCAGAUGGUGUGAUGGCAACUGCAAGUUUGAAGGACAUUGUCUGGACACGAAAACCAAUUCCUGUCCAGCACCAUCGAUAACACAUGUGGAGCCACUGACAGGGCCGCUUGAUGGAGGGACUAAUGUCACUAUACGUGGCCGUAACCUGGGUUCAAAGUUUGAGGACAUCCAAAAUAACAUCACAGUGGCAGGAAUACCUUGUGUACCUAUCAGGAGCCUCUACUCACCAUCACAAAAGAUUGUGUGCACAACCAGAGCAGCAGGCAUGAGUUCUGUGGAAGGACCAAUCACCAUUCACCACAGGGAAAGACAUGUUCCUUACCGUGACGGGCUCUUUGAAUAUAGGGAUCCUCACGUACGCAGCAUUGAGCCAACACUGGGUCCAAAGUCAGGUGGUUCCACUAUUACCAUAUAUGGUCAGCGCCUCAAGACAGGUGGAGUCGUGAAUGCCUACAUUGGGAAUGCAUAUUGUGCUAUCAACAGGGAUAAAUUACGAGAUGACCAAGCUUUCUGCAUCACAUCUAGUGUGGCAGCUGCUGGUCCUCGCCCCACCUUCUCCAUCACUUUUGAUGGUGCAAGGCGUAGCGUUAACCAGACCUUCUUAUUCACAGAGGAUCCAAUAAUUACUCGUAUUCGUCCGCUGAAAAGCAUCAUGAGUGGAGGACUGGAAAUCACUGUGAAGGGCCAAAACUUCAGAUCAAUCCAGAGACCACAGAUGCGAACAAUACAUGGAACAACAACAUCUACAUCAACAAUAUGUGACGUUGUGGAGGACACAAUGUUAACUUGUCCCACGCCACCUGCUCCAAUCCGGGGCAAGAGAUCUCAGAAGCUACGAAGGGUGCACAGACGAUCUCCCAGUUCCAAAAUAUCAGCACAGAUUGUCUUUGUCAUGGAUGCUGUCAAGUCUGUGAGGGAUUUAGCCACAAACUUCAUUAACUUGAAGUCUGAGCUGGAGUACUAUCCUGACCCUGUGGUGCAAAACUUCACAGAGACAGAGCGGAAGAAGAUGUUCAAGGGUGAAGCUUUGAUUAUUGAGGGACAAGAUUUAAAUCUGGCUGCUAACCAGGAUGAUAUUGAGGUUUGGAUUGGAUCUCAGCCUUGUAAUGUGACAUCCCUCUCAGCCAAUCAGAUUGUCUGCACCCCACCAAAACAACAACCAGAGCCCACUGAUAGGCAUGGCCGUCCAAGUGGAGCUUUACCUUUAGUGCAGGUGACUGUUGGCAACAUCGAGUACACAGUAGGAUCAGUGGAGUAUGACAUGGAUGAUCGCUUCAAGUUCCCAAUGGUAGCCAUCAUUGGCAUUGCUGCAGCUGUAGUCUUCCUCCUGAUUAUCAUUGUCAUCAUCUUGAUUAUCUACCGGAGACAGAGCACGCAAGCAGAGCGCAUUUACCGCAAGAUGCAGAUUCAGCUGGAUAAUCUGGAGAGCAAUGUCAGGAAUGAAUGCAAACAAGCAUUUGCCGAGUUGCAAACAGACAUGACAGAUCUUACGGGCGAUCUUGUGGCAAGUGGAAUUCCAUUCUGGGACUACCACAGCUACACGUUCAAAGUGUUAUUUCCUGGCAUGUCAGAUCAUGUGAUUCUUCAUCCACCAAUGAAGAAUGGUCGCACUCGGCAGUUUGAGAUUGGAAUCCAACAGUUCCGUCAUCUUUUGAAGAAUAAGUACUUUCUGUUGACCUUCAUACACACAUUGGAAGAGCAGAAAACAUUCAACAUCAGAGACAAAGUUUAUGUGGCAUCUUUAUUGAUGAUUGUUUAUCAAGACAACUUGGAAUAUGCUACAGACAUCUUAAAAGCUUUACUAAGUGAACUUGUUGAGAAAACUGUAGGAGGAAAACAUCCCAAGCUGAUGUUGAGAAGGACAGAAUCUGUUGUGGAGAAGCUUUUGACAAACUGGUUGUCUCUCUGCCUGUACAGUUACUUGAAGGAACAUGCUGGCUCCUCUCUGUUCAUGCUUUACAAAGCCAUAAAACUCCAGGUGGAAAAAGGUCCAGUAGAUCACAUAACAGGUGAUGCCAGAUACUCUUUAUCAGAGGACCGUCUACUGCGAGAAAAAAUAGAACCAAGAACAUUGACAUUAAAUGUGGAACAUGAUGGAGAGGUGUUCCAAUGCAAAGCCUUAGACUGUGAUACAAUAACCCAGGUGAAGGUGAAGAUUCUGGACACUGCUCACAGAAACAUGCCCUUCUCGCAGCGACCCAACAUUCAUGACCUUGAUCUAGAAUGGCGCAAUGGUAUAGGGGGUCAUCUGGUAUUGAAGGAUGAGGAUAUGACAUCUUCAGUGGUGGAUGGGUGGAAACGGUUAAACACACUGGGGCAUUACAAGGUCGUUGAUGGUGCGAUUGUCAUGCUGACAGAAAGGGAACACAGCAAAUCCCUGAAUGGUACCUAUGACAGUUCCACAUUGUCAAGUCACACAGGAUUGUUACCCAGUAUAAAAUCACCUGAUACAACAGAAUCUGGGGCCAAAGUCUGGCAUCUUGUAAAACACCAGGAUGAUUCCCACCCAAAAGAUGCUGGUCUCAAGAUGAUCUCGGAGAUAUUCCUUACCAGAUUAUUAUCAACUAAGGGUACUCUACAAAAAUUUGUAGAUGAUCUGUUUAAUACAGUACUUAGUGCAUCCGUCUCAUUGCCACCUGUGGUUAAAUACCUGUUUGAUUUUCUUGACGAGAUGGCAGUUCAGCAGGGAAUAACUGAUCCUGAUGUGGUACACACCUGGAAGAGCAAUAGCUUACCUUUGCGCUUCUGGGUCAAUAUUAUCAAGAACCCUGACUUUGUAUUUGACAUCAACAAGCCCCUGAUAGUAGAUUCGUGUUUGUCUGUGAUAGCCCAAACCUUCAUGGAUAGCUGCUCAACUUCCCAACACUGCCUUGGCAAGGACUCCCCUUCCAACAAACUACUGUUUGCCAAAGACAUUCCAGCGUACAAAAAAUUAGUGGAGAAGUUUUAUAAAGAUAUCCAUGACCUUCCUCCAAUCAGUGAUCAGGAAAUGAGCACCUACCUGGCAGAUGUUUCUAGAAUGUGUACAGACCAAUUCAAUACAGCCAGUGCUCUUAGGGAACUUUUCAGCUACGUAUCCAAAUACAGUAAUGAAAUGAUAGCAGCUUUAGAAGAAAACCCAUGGACAUCAAAAGGCCAGCUUGCUCCCAAACUGGAACAAAUUCUCAUCUGUAUUCAAGAUGAUAAAUUCAAGAAAGUGAUAUACAUAUAAACGCUGUUUAGCCAGAGCUGUAAGUUUUUGUAUGUGUGUGCGUUUGCCAUGCCCUGUCUCUCAGGAAGCAGCAAGCAAACAAAAUGUGGAGCCGACCGGCAAUGCCAAUUGUUGGACAUUGCCUGAUGCCCAACAACAGUGCCAAAGCCGGUGCAGUGGAGGAACAUAUCACAGUUGUACAUUGCCUGAAGCCCAACAACAAUGCCUAAGUCAGUGCAAUUAAAGAAAAUUUCAGAGUUGUACAUUGCCUGAAGCCCAAAGCAAUGCCAAAGCUAGGGAGUUGAACAUUUCAAAGUUGUCUCUGUGCAGAUAUUACCUCAAACGUUCAGAGAAUGGAAGGAUCACUCUGGACUGACCAGUCACUUGUAAAGGACUGUCAUGCAUGCCAGUAAACGUAUUUGUUAAAUAUUUACAUGUACUUGAUACAUCACCUUAGUAUGGUACUCCCAGCAAUUUAUUACCAGCUUGUCUGUCAGAGAACUGUGCUGCUUGAAACUAUGUCAUACCUGCAUUCUGUGACGAACUGGACACGGGCGUAUAUUCAUUUGCUGUGAUUUCUUUCCCAACGUUGUGUCCCAGAAAAAGAAUGACAUAAAUAUGAUAGUUUUGCAAUUAUGUAUCAGUUAUCCAUUUAAUACCUGGAAUGAUUGGAUUUCUGUAGACUUGUGCAUCAAGUUGAUUAUUAGCUGCAAGGCAGAUGAAUUCUUAAUAUUAGUCUAUAGGUUUUCAGAAAUGUAAGAUUUCAUAACAGAAAAGCCGAUUUCUCAAUUUUCAAAAUGUAUCUUAAUUUUGUUAAGGUGUUUGCAACGCACAAGAUGUAAUAAGCUUUGAAAAAAACCCUGUGGAAUUUUGUAUUAACUGACGUGAAAAAAUGCUUUAUAGAAGUGUGCAUGUGCUUAAGCAAGCUGUAUUAGCUGGGAAAACAGGUCACAAUAUUCUACAAUCAGCUACCACCCAUCCGUACCACCUUGUUCUUUGGACUAUGCAAAUCUACAGGAGCUUAACAAUACCACACCUGUGUGACUUCCCAGAUUUCUGUGUGUCUAUGUAACCCCAUUCGCAUGUGCCAUUUACAGCACAUAACCGCUAAAAUGAGUAGGCAACAUGAGGCGAGACUGAAAGACAGGAGGUGCUUCAUAAUGUACCUAGGCAUAUAUAAAUACUUAUACAUGUCUGCCUCAGCUUUGAAUAUUUAUCCAAGUUAAAGAAAGAGAAAUUAACCCUUAAGACUUUGUUACCAUAAUUUCUCCUUAUUUGCGAUGUGUUUAAACAUCAGUUCUUUGCAAGGGACGGUGGCAGAAUUAAGGUAGCAAUGAUUUUCGGUAAUGCCAACGACGGUGGAUUCGAGCACAGCACAAAAGAAUAGGUUUACGUAUAUAUCAGUAGUUAUAACUAGAAGCUGAUUGUCAAAUAAAAUGACGGAAACGGUGCUUAUUGCUUAAUUCAAUCCCAUUUGCAAUACAACUGACCAAUUGUAAAGGUCGUGACCAUGGCUCAAAAUCAUGCCUUUGAAAAAAUCCUUGACUGUUACAUCGAACCCAUGGCGCACGGAGCCAGGGAUGCGUUCUUUAUAUGUGUACAAGCCCACCUGCAACAAAGUUAUAUUUUUCUAGUACUAUUUAUCGUGAGUCGCUUAAUUGUUACGUCUUCAGAUGUGUCUAGCUGGUGUAAUCGAUUGCUUGGCAUUUCAUAGUGUAUCGAGUCUAUUUUGUUUUUCUUAAUUGUGAAAGAUGAAAAGGUUUGAGUGACGUAAGGCAUGAUUAUGUGGAGCACACAGACUAGGUGAACUAUUCCACGCACAUUUGGUUGAGUAUCAAGCUUCUUGGUACAAAGUGGCUUUGGUGAAACCAGGGUAAAUGGGACGCUCCUUGAAGACUUUUCCAUUAAACAUUCGAAAUAGGGUAACCACGGCUGUCAUAGAUGUCUCUGGUGGGUCAUCUUAAAGUUUGAUGUAAUAUGUUAAUAUGUAUGUAAAUAGGCUUGUAUAUUCGGAUAAGAUGGCGGGCCAUUAAUUUUUUAAGGCUCAUCAAAGUAAAAUGGACCUAUUGUUACUUUAAAGACUGCCCUUUGAACGAAGCUUGCAUGGUAAAACAAAGGCAUGUCCACACACCUUAUUCUCGAAGGGAACAAGGCUAAGGCAAGUCUGCAAACUCUUGAAUUCACCAUGCGGUGUUCAUGAUCAACUUACAUUACCAUCAUCUUUGAGGAUGAAAAAAUUCCCAUUUGUUAUUAUAUCAUUUACAGUUACCAAGCUGUAGAAGCUUUACGUUGUGCUUGUUUUCUUUUGAUCUUUUUGACUCUCUUUUUUUUUUUUUUUUUUU